GAUCGCGUGACAAAUGGCCGAUGCUCCCUACUCGCAAGACGCGCUGGCCGCAUUUAUGAGUAUCACCGGCGCCGACUCCGGCAGCGCGCUGCAAUUUCUCGAGCUUAGCAACUGGAAACUGGACGAGGCGGUCAACCUGUACAUGGAGAGCGGAGGCCAGAGCGCCAGUACGGCGUUUGCAGCACCGCACCAACGCACAGCAAGUUCCAGCGCUAGUUUCAGUCCUCCGCCAGCUCCGUCGACAGAUAUGGACGCGGCCACCGCUGCUGCAAUCGCGGCAGCCUAUGGAGAAGAUGACAACGCGGUGCGAGCGCCUGACCCGUCCAAACGCCAGCGCCUUGUGGACUCGGGAGCGGACCUCUUGAGGCCCAUGCGCCAUCUGCGCGACCAAAAUCGCGACUUUGCGGCCGAAAGUAUUGCGGCGAUGACGGCUGGGAGCAUUUCCACGGCUUUCGGAGGCGCUGGAGCCGUGGCAUUCGGCGAGGCGUCGAACAAUUUGGACGGUGGUGACGGUGCCGGAAAUGAACGUACACGCGAUCUGAGCACGUUGUUCCAGCCACCCACAGCCAUCAUGUUCCAGGGAACUUACGCGGAUGCCCGUACGCACGCCAAGAACGAGGGCAAGUGGCUCUUGGUUAACAUCCAGGACGAAAUCGUGUUCGCAAGUCACAUGCUAAACCGCGACACGUGGAGUGACGACGUUGUGCAAAAUCUCGUGGCAAGUGGGUUCGUGUUCUGGCAAAACUAUUGGGCGUCGGAACACGGCAAAAAGUUUUGCACCUUGUACCAGAUUGACCGCGACUCGCUUCCAAUUGUGGUGAUUAUCGAUCCGCGGACAGGAGAAACCCGACAGCGCUGGACAGGCUUCCAUGAGCCGCAAGAUAUGACGGAAAAGUUGUCGGACUUUUGCUGUAUGCACACACUUGAUACACCAUCGACUGAGCAGAAGAAGGAGGCUGAACCCAGCAUCAUGGACGCGUCUGAAGAUGACCAACUGGCUGCAGCUAUUGCCGCAUCGUUGCAGAAUGGCGAAGGCGAGACAAAGCGAAACGAAGAUGACAUGGAGCAAGAGGAGGAGGGGCAAGAGGAGAAGACGCAGGAACCAGUUGUCGAGCUGACCCCAGAGCCUGAUGCUAGUGCCCCGGGUGUUACCCGAGUCCAAAUUCGGGUGCCCGAUGGCUCUCGCCUGACGCGGCGCUUCCUCAAGAAUGACCCACUUGCUAUGGUGUGGGCGUUUGUAAAAGAUCAGAUCCCUGAAGCCCGAGCACGCGCGUUUGAGCUGCGAACUGCAUUCCCGCCUAGCGCUGUGGCAUACAACGACACGAUUUCCAUUGAAGAGGGCAAGCUUGAGAAUGCAUCACUCAUGGUCAAGUGGCUGUGAGCAAACUUGCCGCAUUGAAUUGAACCUUUUCGUGCGCUUAAA